CCAGCUCUGAGCUCUGCUGCGCGCGACUCACGUAGAGGAGAAGAGGCGAAAUGAGCUAAGCUUUAUUGGCUAUCGGGACCGCAUCCAGCUGAGUAGGGAAAGGCAGGGGGCAGCAUUUUCCUGAGAACAAGAGUCCAAAAGCCGCGUCUUCGCCGCCCCUCUGGCGCGCCGCCGCAUGAGAGCAGGCAGGUGCAUAUCGUCGCAGAAGCAGUAGCUGUUGAUGAUGAUAACAAAGGCGAUGGUGAUAAAACCCCGGCGCGGCGCGGCUCGGGGACCAUAGUUGAAGCAUGUUUCGCGUUGGCCGCGUCCUCACGGUGGCCGCCGCCGCACUCUCGGCAUCGUCAGGCACCUCCCUCGCCCCCGCUGUCCCGGACGUGCCGCUGGAGGUCGGGGCUCCGCUGCACCUCGACUGUGGAGUCCGUGGCCACUACCGCCACUGCCUCUGGGAGACGGAGGACGGCCGCGUCUUUCAGGUGGAGGACGUGCACGGAGGGCGCCACGCGGGGCUCCGGGCGCCGAGCAAUCUCAGCGACAACCAGUGCAGCAUCGUGCUGGAGCAGGCCAGCGCGGGGGACGCCGGGGCAUGGACCUGCACCGUGUUCCUGCAGGGCAGCGCCCUGACCACCGUUAGGAACGUCGUCACCAAGGAAACGAGAGCUUGCAUAUCGCCUUUCGAGUCUGUGGGCGGCGGCUGUUUCUACUUCGCUGCCAAUCUCGAAAUGAACUGGAAUGACGCGCGAGCCUUCUGCAAGUCCCUGUCGUCCGGGGCGGACCUGGCGGUGGUGGACGACUGCAACCUGAUGCACCUGCUGUGGAACCACAUCUUAAUGGCGUAUGGUGCGGGUAACUACUUACUCGGCGCCACAGACCAACACGAGGAAGGCACGUGGGUGUGGGUGGAUGGGACGGCCGUCACCAUGGGCACGCCAUUCUGGCUAUACGGCCAGCCCGACAACCAAAAUAACGUCCAGCAUUAUUUGCGGCUCUUUGAACAAUAUGGUGGCUACUUUGACGACGCAAGCUAUGGCGCAGAGUACCACUUCGUCUGCCAAGACCUGCAGACGGAAGGUUCGUAACCUCGCCGAGACACACUCCACCUUUUUGCAAACCAGAGCUAGAAAUUUUUGCAUUAUUACUUAAAUUGGUCUGUAAUGAAUCAGUCACUUGACGUUGAAGUUGUUCUUAUUGCACUUUAUUAAACUUUUGAAACCA